UAAACCUUGCAGUGUUUAGCUGCUUUUCAAUAUAUUUGGUUAUCAACCUUGCAGAAUGUUUUUAAAGCUCUUCUCUUAUCAUUGUGACCUUUGCACUGUUGACCUGCCUGUUUUUAUGACUUUAUGGCUGCAUGUUCAUCACGGAUGGCAGAAGAAGGAUUCACUCACACGACGACGCAGGCCACACAUUUUCUUCUUCAUAUCAAGAAGAGGAGGAAGAAGAAGAGGAAGAAGAAGAAGAAGACUAGACGACAUUCUUCUCCUCGUCUUCGUCACUACAGACACAAUGUGGACGUCGCGGACACGCCAGGAGCAGGUGAGCCCUGCUCCACGCACCUGCUGCUAAGCAUGCUGGCCAAGACUCCGCCCACCAGCAGCAACAUCAAUCUGGUCAACGCAGAAAGUGCGGACGCCAUCGCCCACGUGCAGGACGGAAUCAAGAUGGCCGACCUGGUGGAGAGCUUGGACGCCGGAGAGCUGGACUUUGACGAGGGAGAGGAGGUGGACUUUGAUGGAAACUGUCUCGGUGAUUGUGGUAUUCCCUUCUCCUGUGUGUACUCCACUGUGGGCUUCAAGGAGGCCAACGCCAAAGUCUUCCUUCCCAGCGUACCCAUCAGCGCUCGCAUCCUGGAGGUGGAGCGCUUCACCACCGCCCAGGACCGCUUCAACUUGUCCCACCACCGCAGCGUCAACAAGUCCCUGCCCGCCGUGUUCAAGAUGGAGAUGAAGCAUGGCGAGUUCACGUGGGUGGUGAAGAGGAAGGAGAAGCACUUCAUGGAGCUGCACAGAGAGCUGAGGACCUACAAGACCUUCAUGAGGAUUCCUCUGCCCUCACGCAGCCACACGGUGAGGAGGAGGACGGUGAGGAAGAGCGAGGUGAGGAAGAUACCUUCGCUGCCCAGAGGCGGAGGAGACGAGCUGGUGCGGGACGAGCAGGUGUCCAGCAGGCGGAGACAACUAGAGGACUAUUUGAACAAGCUGCUGAAGAUGUCCAUGUACCGCAAAUAUCACCACACUAUGGAGUUUAUCGACGUCAGCCAGUUGUCGUUCAUCCACGACUUGGGCCCCAAGGGACUGGAAGGGAUGAUAUACAAGCGCUCGGGGGGUCACCGUAUCCCCGGUAUGAACUGCUGUGGUCACACAAAAGCUUGUUAUCGCUGGUCCAAACGCUGGCUGGUGGUGAAGGACUCCUUCCUGCUCUACAUGAAGCCCGACUCGGGCGCCAUCUCCUUUGUCCUGCUGUUGGAUAAAGAGUUCAGCAUCAGGAUGGAUUCCAAAGACACGGAGACCAAACACGGAGUCAGGAUUGACAGUUUGUCCAGGACGUUGGUGUUUAAGUGCAGCAGCUACAGACACGCCCGCUGGUGGGGUCAGAGCAUCGAGAGCUUGGUGAGGAACUACGGGAAGGCGUUCCUCCGAGAUCACCGCUUUGGCUCCUUUGCACAGGAGCAGGAGAAGGUUCUGGCCAAAUGGUACGUGAAUGGAAAAAGCUACAUGGAGGACGUGGCCAACGCCUUGGAGGAGGCCAGGGAGGAGAUCUUCAUCACGGACUGGUGGCUGAGUCCUGAGAUCUUCCUGAAGAGACCUGUGGUGGAGGGAAACCACUGGAGACUGGACUGCACACUCAAGCGCAAAGCUCAACAAGGAGUGCGCGUGUUUGUCAUGUUGUACAAAGAGGUGGAGUUAGCGCUGGGCAUCAACUCGGGCUACACCAAGAGGACCCUCAUGCACCUGCACCCCCACAUUAAGGUGAUGCGCCAUCCAGACCACGUGUCCUCCUCCGUCUACCUGUGGGCGCACCACGAGAAGAUAGUCGUCGUCGACCAAUCGGUGGCCUUUGUGGGCGGGAUCGACCUGGCGUACGGUCGCUGGGACGACCGGGAGCACCGCCUGACUGAUGUGGGCAGCGUGACGCGCUCGGUGGCGUUGGAGCAGGCUGCCAACGCUCCACCAGGCAAGUUGGCGGCACCGCCCCUCGGUGACGCCAUCUCCCACAGCAACGGCGGGGGGACGCCACCCGCUGACGGCGUGGAGCUGCCGAGGCUGAAGGGCGUCGGCCGCAGCCGGCGGAUCCGCUUCAGUCUGUACCGACACCUGCACAAGCACACCCUGCAGCCCGCAGACAGCGUCAGCAGCGUGGACAGUUCUGGGAGCGGCUCGCUGCACAGCCUGAAGACGGGCGUUGGAGAGCUGCAGGGAAAUACUCGCUUCUGGCACGGAAAAGACUACUGCAACUUUGUUUACAAGGACUGGAUCCAGCUGGAAAAACCCUUUGAUGACUUUAUCGACCGCUACACCACGCCCAGGAUGCCGUGGCACGACAUCGCCUCGGCGGUCCACGGCCGAGCCGCCCGGGACGUGGCGAGACACUUCAUCCAGCGCUGGAACUUCACCAAGAUCAUGAAACCAAAGUACCGCUCCCUGUCUUAUCCUUUCCUGCUGCCCAAGUCUCACUCCAGUGCCAACGAGCUCAGAUAUCAAGUCCCCGGCUGUGUUAGCACCACAGUGCAGGUCUUGCGUUCAGCGUCUGAUUGGUCGGCGGGCAUCAAGUACCACGAGGAGUCCAUCCACAGCGCCUACAUCCAAGUCAUCGCCAAGAGCAACCACUACAUUUACAUCGAGAACCAGUUCUUCAUCAGCUGUGCCGACAACCGGACUGUGUACAACAAAAUCGGAGACGCCAUCAUUGAGCGGAUCAUCAGGGCGCACAAGGAGGGUAAGAAGUACCGGGUGUAUGUGGUGACCCCCCUGCUUCCUGGCUUUGAGGGCGACAUCACCACAGGCGGAGGGAACGCCAUCCAGGCCGUCAUGCACUUUAACUACAGGACUAUGAUCCGAGGGGAACACUCCAUCAUCUCCCAGCUGAAGAAAGAGAUGGACGACCAGUGGAUGAACUACAUCUCCUUCGCCGGCCUGCGCACGCACGCCGAGUUGGAGGCUCGCCUGGUGACCGAGCUCAUCUACGUGCACAGCAAGAUGCUCAUCGCUGACGACAACACCGUCAUCAUCGGCUCGGCCAACAUCAACGACAGGAGCAUGCUGGGUAAACGAGACAGCGAGGUGGCGGUGAUUGUGGAGGACACGGAGAAGGUCGCCUCUGUGAUGGACGGGAGAGACUUUGAAGCUGGUCCCUACGCGCUUCAGCUGCGGAUGGAAUGCUUCAGGACCAUCCUUGGAGGUCACAGCGACGCCAGCAUUGACCUCCGUGACCCCAUCAGUGAGCGCUUCUACAAGGAAGUGUGGAUGACCACAGCCGGCCGGAACGCCACCAUCUAUGAGAAGGUGUUCCGCUGCCUCCCGUCCUCGCUGGUGCGCAACAUGUCGGAGCUGGAACAGUACCAGUCCAAGCCCGGUCUGGCCCAGACGGACCUGGCCCGGGCCCAGGAGGAGCUGCGGAAAAUCCGAGGCUUUUUGGUGCAGUUUCCCCUGGACUUCCUGUCCGAGGAAAACCUCAUGCCCUCGGUGGGCACCAAGGAGUCCAUGGUGCCCACGGAGAUCUGGACGUAGGACGACACCAGGGACUCUACUGGACUUGUUGGGGGCCAAGGAGGCGAGAAGGGACCAUGGUAAGACUAAGAUGGUGACCCUGUACGUGGUCCUCAUCCCCGCUGGACUGUCUUCUUCUGGUGCCUUCGCUGCCUUCCGUACCGCCUCAAACGCCAUCAAAUGUUUCAGCAGUUUUUGCUGAAACCUCCCAAGGUGAAGAUGUUGACAAAUAUUCCAGCCAGCAGAUUUGGAUUAUUUCACUUCUGUCACAUAAUAAGUGAUGAAAGUAGAUUUGAAGGACUUGUGUUCUAAUGGAUAUGCUAGAAGAGGGGGCCCCAAACUAUGGCCUGCGGGACACAUGCGGACCCACAGCGUCUAAAAUCCAGCCUGAGGAAAAAAACUACUUUUUUUAAUGUAUUUUUUUAUUAUAUAUUUGUAUAUAUACAUAUAUAUAUAUACUGUAUAUAUAUAUGUAUGUAUGUAUGUAUAUGUGUGUAUAUAUGUAUAUAUAUGUGUGUGUAUAUACAUAUGUGUAUGUAUAUAUGUUCAUAUAUGUGUGUAUAUGUAUAUACGUGUGUAUAUAUAUAUAUAUACUGUAUAUGUGUGUGUGUAUAUAUGUAUAUGUGUGUAUACAUGUAUAUAUACACAGAUAUAUAUAUAUAUAUAUUAGGGAUGUCCCGGCCGAUAAAUGCGUUAAAAUGUAAUAUCGGAAAUUAGCGGUAUCAUUUUUUUAAAUGAUCAGUAUCGUUUUUUUUUUUUUUUAAAUUAAAUCCACAUAAAAAACACAAGAUACACUUACAAUUAGUGCACCAACCCAAAAACCCUCCCUCCCCCAUUUACACUCAUUCACACAAAAGGGUUGUUUCCUUCUGUUAUUAAUAUUCUGCUUCCUACAUUAUAUAUCAAUAUAUAUCAAUACAGUCUGCAAGGGAUACAGUCCGUAAGCACACAUGAUUGUGCGUGCUGCUGCUCCACUAAUAGUACUAACCUUUAACAGUUAAUUUUACUCAUUUUCAUUCAUUACUAGUUUCUAUGUAACUGUUUUUAUAUUGUUUUACUUUCUUUUUUAUUCAAGAAAAUGUUUGUAAUUUAUUUAUCUUAUUUUAUUUUAUAAUUUUUUUUUUAAAAGUACCUCAUCUUCACCAUACCUGGUUGUCCAAAUUAGACAUAAUAAUGUGUUAAUUCCACGACUGCAUAUAUCGGUUGAUAUCGGUAUCGGUUGAUAUCGGUAUCGGUAAUUAAAGAGUUGGACAAUAUCGGAAUAUCGGAUAUCGGCAAAAAGCCAUUA